GACCCCCGAACACUCAGGUAACACUUUGGCAUAGUGAUGUCAGUGCAACUAACGAGCGCUGGAUGUGCUUCUGCAGUGAGGGUCAGAGGGACUGCCGUGGCUAGCCUUAGGGGCCCACCCAUCCAAUUCCCAGAAGUCUUCUGAGUUCUUACCCUCUAAACUUCCUCCUCCUUCCUGCAGUGUUCAGUGGGCACCGCCUGGCAGAAAGAUGCAAGUUUAACACCUCACCGACUGCUGACCUGUCACCUUGAUGACUUCCCCUUUGGGUGCCUUCCCAGUGCAGUUCCCACAGCCUUCAAUCAGCGGCCUCUCACAGAUCACCAAGAGCCUGUUCAUCAGCAAUGGCGUGGCUGCUAACAACAAGUUCCUGCUGUCCAGCCAUCAGAUCACCACGGUCAUCAAUGUCUCAGUAGAGGUGACGAACACCUUCUAUGAGGACAUCCAGUACGUGCAGGUGCCCGUGGUGGACGCGCCCAUCGCACGUCUCUGUGAUUUCUUCGACCCCAUCGCCGACCAUAUCCAUUCGGUGGAGAUGAAGCAGGGCCGCACACUGCUGCACUGUGCUGCUGGCGUGAGCCGCUCAGCCGCCCUGUGCCUCGCUUACCUCAUGAAGUACCAUGCCAUGUCUCUUCUGGAUGCUCACACUUGGACCAAAUCAUGCCGGCCCAUCAUCAGGCCCAACAGUGGCUUUUGGGAGCAGCUCAUUCAUUAUGAGUUCCGGUUGUUUGGCAAGAAUACAACGCACAUGAUUAACUCGCCAGUGGGACUGAUCCCCGACAUCUAUGAGAAGGAGACCCGAUUGAUGAUUCCGCUGUAAGCCAAACCAGCAGCCCCUCCCCCCCCAAGUUGGGGUCAGCCAUACAGCUCUGGCAUUAACAGUACAUCAAGGCCUAAACUCGAACAUUCUACACUUGUUGCUACCAGAGCUCAUCAAAUGGUGCUUUUUCUAAGGGCAAAGAAAGCGAGGUGCCAUAACUUUUUAACCUCAUAGCCCAGCCAGGUUUGGUGGUACAUGCCUGUAUCCUCAGAUGGCUGAAACAGGAAGGUAGCAAGGUGAGUUUAAGGGCCAGCCUGGGCUACGUAAGUGAGCCCCUGUGUCACAGACAAACCCCAAUCUGUCCUGUGUGUUUUUAGAGAUUAAAUGUGUUUCUUAUAAUAUGGUGAAGGUAACUUUUCUGUGAGAGGUAGGUCCCUGCUGCCUAGCGUGUGGAGGAAGAAAAUGGUGCCGGGCCUAUACAUAUGACAAACCUGGGAUCUUACAGCCCAGUUCAUUCAGAGGCAGAG